AUGGAGGGAAUUGAAUCCGGAGAUGGAGAUGUACAAGCGUCUGAGUAUUUACAAACGGACGAGACCCUUGAAAGAGAUGAUCCAAUGUCAGAUGGAGGAUGCUCUUUAAGAAUAAGAGAAGCUCUGGUUUGCAGUAGCGACCAUGAGAUCGAUAUUGGAUUUAGCCAAAGCGAACAGAGAAAGAGCGAAGAAGAAGAAGAAGCAAUUGGAGAGGAGUUUGAUGAACCGAGUGGUUUACUUGUUGAAAGAAAAGAUUUUGAUCCUCCAGCAGUUGGAAUGGAGUUUGAGUCAUACGAUGAUGCUUACAACUACUACAACUGCUACGCUACAGAAGUUGGAUUUCGAGUGAGAGUGAAGAACUCAUGGUUUAAGCGACGUAGCAAAGAGAAAUACGGUGCUGUGCUUUGCUGCAGUAGCCAAGGUUUCAAGAGGGUUAACGAUGCGAAUCGUGUGAGAAAGGAAACAAGAACUGGUUGUCCUGCGAUGAUAAGAAUGAGACAGGUUGAUUCUAAAAGGUGGAGAGUUCUUGAAGUUACUCUUGAUCAUAACCAUUUGCUUGGUUCCAAGAUAUACAAAUCAGCCAAAAGAAAUGUGACAGGGACCAAGAGGAAGUGUUUAUCUAGCGUAGAGUCAGUGUAUCGAGCUCGUGUGAUUGAUACUGGAGACACUGUGGAUCCGAAUUCGACUAUGAAACAACAAAUUCAGAUUUCUGGUGGGUCAAAUGAUUUGCUGAGCCUUAGGAGAGGAGACUCUGCAGCUCUCUACAACUACUUUUGCCGUAUGCAACUGACAAAUCCGAACUUCUUUUACCUGAUGGAUGUAAACGAUGAAGGACAGCUAAGGAACGUGUUCUGGUCAGAUGCUUUCUCUAGAGUUUCUUGCAGUUACUUUGGCGAUGUCAUCUUAAUCGACAAUACUUACAUCUCCGGGAAAUUCGAGAUCCCUCUUGUGACGUUUUCAGGAGUAAACCACCAUGGGAAAGCUACAUUGCUUAGCUGUGGUCUUCUUGCUGGAGAGACUUUAGAGUCUUACCAUUGGUUGCUCAAAGUAUGGCUCAGUCUCAUGAAAUGCUCUCCACAAACCAUUGUUACAGACAGAUGCAAGCCUUUGGAAGCUGCGGUUUCGCAAGUGUUCCCGAGAUCGCUUCAUAGAUUUAGUCUGACGCAUAUAAUGAGAAAGAUCCCUGAGAAGUUAGGAGGGUUGCAUAACUACGAUGGUGUGAGGAGAGCUUUCACGAAAGCGGUUUAUGAUACUUUGAAAGUUGUUGAGUUUGAAGCAGCUUGGGGGUUUAUGGUUCACAGUUUUGGGGUUAUAGAGAAUGAAUGGCUUCGUUCUUUGUAUGAAGAUCGAGCUAGAUGGGCUCCGGUUUAUCUGAAAGACACGUUCUUCGCAGGGGUCGCUACAGCUCGUCCUGGAGAGACCUUGAAUCCGUUUUUCGAGAGGUAUGUUCACAAGCAAACACCGUUGAAAGAGUUUCUUGAUAAGUACGAGUUAGCUCUUCAUAAGAAGCACAGGGAAGAGACUCUCAGCGACAUAGAGUCUCUCUCCUCCAACACUGCAGAGCUUAAAACGAAGUGUUCUUUCGAGACACAGCUCUCGAGAGUGUACACGAGAGACAUGUUCAAGAAGUUCCAAGUUGAGGUGGAAGAAAUGUACUCGUGUUUCAGCACGACGCAGCUUCACGUCGAUGGACCUUUCGUGAUCUUUCUUGUGAAAGAACGUGUCCAAGGUGAGUCCAACAGAAGAGAGAUCCGCGAUUUCGAGGUUCUUUACAAUAGAUCGGUUGGUGAAGUAAGGUGCAUUUGUAGCUGCUUCAACUUCUAUGGAUACUUGUGUAGACAUGCUCUGUGUGUUCUCAAUUUCAAUGGCGUUGAAGAAGUACCUUUGCGGUAUGUUCUACCUCGGUGGAGGAAAGACUUCAAACGGAUACAGGGGCCGGCUGAUAAUGGCUUGACCGGUGGUUUUGUGGAUGGCACGGACCGGGUUCAGUGGUUUGAUCAGUUGUAUAAAAGCGCUCUUCAGGUAGUUGAAGAAGGAACAGUUUCUUUGGAUCAUUAUAAAGUGGCAAUGCAAGUUCUUCAACAGUCUCUGGAGAGAGUUCAUAGUGUGGAAGAAAAGCAAGACUAG